AUGAAACACAAUCAAUGCAGCGCAACCGAACCGAACCGAACGGAAAUGCCUCAAAAUUUUAUUUGGACACCCAAGAGAAUUAAUCCAGAAGAACAAGAUAAAAAUUCUCCGUCAAGUACAAUCGCGUCCCCCAACAAACAUUUAACAGUCAACGAUAGAGGUCGAUCAAGACGUCGUAGUCGAUCGGCUACUUCUCUUAUUCUACCAAGAAGCAUAUACAGAAGUCCUGCAGCGCUAAGUCCAGCUCCACACAGUGGAAUCGAAAUAAUGCACAACCUACUUAGGAGCCCUUCGACUUCACCUAACCGGGUUAGGCGGAAGAGUUCGACUUCGGAUCCACGACUAGAGCCAACAAGUGACAAGAACAACAAUAGCUUGGAGUUCAACAAUCUGAAUGGAGCGAAAAGUGAUAAAUGUAUCAAUGUCAACGAGGACGAUAUCUACGACGUUUUCGGAAAAACGAUAGCCACACAAACAUCUACCGAUGAACUGGCACCACCCGCGAUACUGUCUGGCAUCGGGUCACGAUCUGGCACGGACAUGGAGAUUCCUAGUAUCAUCAAUGUAAAUCCUACCGAUGAAAGUACCGACGCUGACAACAAUAACCCAUCAUCCGCAAAUUCUAGGCGAAUGAGCCUAACGAAAACUAAUUUGCCUAGAACGCUAGAAGCCAACAUCAUCACCUCUUGGGAGGACCUAGGCAUCGUGGAUCGUAUGGCUCUACAGCAGCUCAAAAGUGGGGACUGGCGAAUACGAUCUCAAGGAUUUAGUGCCAUCGAGGAAUCACUCAAGUCGUCCGAUAAUCUGUCCAAAGUUCAGCCUUACUUGGAGUCGCUACUGCGCACUUUGCUCGCUUCGGAACGCAAUCAGGAUAUCAUCGACGAUAAGGUGCGAAUGUUAGUCAAUCUGAUAUCACGUCUUCCGUUGGAGAACCUGGAGGACCGGGUGGGGCAAAUUAUGACCGGUCUGUGUCGACAGGGUGGUCCAGGAAGCAACAAUGUGGCGAAGGCCCUUAUGCAACGACUGCCAACGGCCGCCAUUGUGCAGCGGCUGCUAUCCGAUGAAUUCCUACAUGCCAAAAGCUCAAAAUUUCGUGAAAAUGCCUUGCAAAUGGUACUAUUUGCAUUGAUGACAUUUCCCAGCACGUACUUUGACAUCAAGACGCUUAUCUCGAGGGCCACUGAGGCUGCCGUGGACCGGAAAAAACGAGUUCGACAUGGAGCGCUCGAUGUGCUAGCAGUAUUAGGACAAAUCAGCUCGCCUAAACUAGUCUUAGACGUGGUAUGCUCAUCGGUCGCUCAGCGUCCCGACGGAAAUCAUCUGAUAGCGGCCGUCAAAGCCCGCCUUGCCCGAAAGCAGCUUCCAUUCAUCGGUCCGGAUGGCAGCGUAGAAUAUGCACUAAAGGUUCCCUCGUGCCGAACCAGUUCCGUCAUCAUGUUCGGUGCCGAUGUUGACUGGAUCGAAGCCGGCAGUGGUUCGGCAUCCCCAACAUCGACCCGAUCGAAAAAAUACCCAAGCUUCCAGGUCGAUGGCGGGUCUUUCGAGGAGCAUAAAAGGAAACCAAGCUUCCAAGUUUUUGACGAAGUAAAGCAACCGAUAGAAUCAAACAAAGCGAUAAGCUCCGGGUGGACUUCGAAAAUCCCUGUGUGUCACACGGAUGGUAACAUGACGGCAAACAAUGCAUCCCCAACACACAAACCUUCUUAUGCGAAUUCACAUUCGCGGUCAUAUCCGGAGAUGUCAGACCAUCGGCAGCAGCAGCAACAAAGAAAACUUCCCGUAUCCAACAACGCUAAUGGAGGUAGUAACGCCAAACAACUUUCCAAUGGUCGAUAUGCCAAACAAUCAACAAUUUCAAGGUUCCCGGAAAUGGAAUUCAAACCAAGCGGAAAGAAUGGUUUGAAUGCGAAAAAUGCCAACCCAUACGAGAUGAAACCAAGGCCGACCCGCAGCAGGCUGUGCUCCCGGUUGAGUGACGGCUUCAUGAGUGAUACCAUAGCAAGCGCCAACCGAAUACUGCAGACUGAGUCCCGUCCAUCAACUGAUCCUGCAAUCGACCAUGGAGCGAUACGGCAAUCGCGCAAUGGAAUGAGGUUCUACAACCCCAACAUUAUGACCAACAACAACAAUAGCGGCAGACAACAAGUCGGAACGCAUGCGCAUAAGCAGGAUCUGGACCAGCGUCCAAAAUUAUCGCCGAGCAAAUCCCAUGGCAACGGAAGCAACAAUAACACUAUCCAGCACACGUACAACAAUAACGGUCGAUUUUUUGGCGCGGAAACAAUCGAGUCCCCUUAUCGAUCACGUUUUCUCGGGGAACAAGAGAAUGAAUCGGCAGCUGCGGUCGGUGCAAUCAAUCACGAGAGUUAUAUCAUUCAUCGUGACGAGCAGUAUGAUAGUGAGAACGACGAAAAGUCUAGCAACGAUUCGACCUCAACGCGUAUUAUCUCCAACAGUACCUUCAACUUCGGUAGCAAAGGUAGUGAUCCUUAUCCUCCCACACCGAACAUCAGCCAUCCGCCAUCAAUAUUGUCCUCGAGACCACAAUCAGUUACCUCGCACAAAUCGAUAGGAUCGGGAAUCUUGAAAAAUGAUGGGAGACUCUCAAGGACCAGCAACAUAUCGUACAGUAAUAUGUCAAUUAAACAAUCAUCUGACAACGUAUCUAUCAAGUCAACUCGGUCAGCUAAAAGUCGAGAGAACACCACUUGGUAUGAACGGGAAGGAACACCGAUCCGAAGUGAAGACGUGAUUAGUUCAAACCAAGUAAACUAUGAAUCAGACUACGACGACGAAGUGGAAGAGGAGGCUGUCCAUCAGCAACGUAUUGCAACUCCCAAGCGAUAUCCCACUCCAAGCCCACAUCCUUUACAAUCAUCUUACUCAACUGAAGAGUUGUCCAACAACAGUUACCAAGCAGAGGAAAUCGAAGCUACACAUCCCAAGAGUCGUGUUCAGUCAGCAAGUUUGAGCAACCUUCAGCAUUUUCCAGAUGAAGAAAAACCAUCGCAACCAGCGCCUGCCAAGAAGAUCCUUAGGAAACCGUUUCUUGUUCGUAAAAGUAGUAAAGUGGCUCCAAUAAAGGAUGUUGUAAGUGGAAUUAAGGCCAAGAAUAAGAUGAAUGAAGUCAUUUUUCAAAAAACUCUACGUAAAUUCGACAAACCUAAAGAUGCCCUUUCAAACUGCAUAACACACCUCGAGAGCCCCAAUUGGGAGCAGAAUAUAAGUGGGCUACAGAUUUUUGUUCGACUGAUCCGCCAUCAUCCAGAUGUAAUCGAUAAUCAGAUUCAUCUUCUUUCUGUAGCACUGGCCAAGCAAGUGCGAAACCUUCGUUCUCAGGUCGCUCGAGCAGCAUGCCAAGCAUCAGCUGAGUUCUUUUCCACGCAUCGCCGUUCUUUAGAAGGAGAAGCCGAGGACAUUGCCACUCAUCUACUUCAUCGCACUGCCGACACUAACAAGUUCCUUCGAGCUGACGCAAACCAAGCUUUGGAAUCAAUGUGCGAAAACCUAUCAAACUCUAAGGUCAUUCACAUCAUAGCAUUCAAAGGUGCUACCCACCAGAACGCCGUUGUAAGAACGACCGCUGCCAAGCUGCUUGAUAAGAUCGUCCAUCAAAUCGGAUCGGACAAAGUGUUUACUAUGCCCAAGGAAUCCCGCGAAAAACUCGUGCUAACCGGAGCCCAACUGCUUCUCGAGGGCUCGUUGGACACGCGCAACUACACGAAGAGUAUGUUCAAGCAGUUGUCUGAACAUCCCAGCUACAACAAAGUAUUACUGGAAGUCAUUCCACCAAGGACCUACCGAAACAUCGAGAAAACGCUCAAAAGUAUCAGACAAAUGUAAACUAUUGAGGCAAAAUAGCAAUCAUUAGUGAUGGUUGGAAUGCAUUUAUGUAGGUAUUUGCUUUGUCCUACAUCUGGGACGUCCUAGCGCAAUUAGUUAUCGUUUUGACAAACAAGUGUACAUAUCACCAUUAUAUCAAAUUUACUAUUGAAAUAAAUGUUAUGAAAUCAUGAUGCAUGAUAAUGCUAUGACUUGUUUUCUUGGCAAAUGUCAUUUUCGACACAAGCUCAAAAAACAGUAUUAUUCAUUCAAAACCUUACUGUUAUAUUUCACUCUUACUUUGAGAAUCUACGAUGCUUCUAGUUAAAAUU